GAGAGCCGCCAUCAUGCAUCAUGUAGGCCUGGGUAGACAAGGCCAAUAUAAACGGAAGAUGCGUUUGAAUUGUAUUUUCGCGCCACAGCUUUGUCUGUCAUUUGCUAAAAAGAAGAGGAGGAGCCGGGACAGGUUACCUUAUUAUUAUUCAGGUUGGAAUCCUAUAACCACGAAAGGAAACAUCUCAUUGUGAGUCUGUGAAGGAAACCACCAGAUUUUCUGGAGCUAAAUCCAUUACAUGGAAGGUGAGACCAGAGGCCCCCUGGCCCACGCACCAUCACAGUGUCUUUCAAGCAUCACAGCAGAUCAUUCAUAUGCCACAAAUCUGAGAGGGGACGUGACUGCCAAGCCCAGAGACAUUAUGGAGGUGACUGGUAGCUGUAAUCCGCAGUAUGAGAAUGAGAUGUGUGGAGAUGCCUUGUCUUCAGAUGAUGACUCUAUAAGCUUGUUGUGGAAUCUUGAGACCUUCCAAAACAUAGAAGUAGUGGAGUACAUGGACAUCAGGGAUUUAUAUUCACAAUUUGCCAUUGAAGAGCAGAAUGAGAAAGCUGAGGUGGAGAUAAACAGACUCAAACCCCCCAGGCCAGGGUCAUCCAGCUGUACCAGGUCUCUAGCAGGCCUUGCUCAUUCUACAACCCACUCAGGCAAUUCAGCAAAGACUUUGCAAUGUCUGAAAUUCACCAACAAGCGACUUAACAAGCGAUCUGCAACGGGAGAGAAUCUUCUGCACAAAGCAUGCAAGAAAAAUGAUCUGGAACAAGUCAAGAUGCUGAUUCAGGCUGGGAUAAGCGUCAACAUGGAGGAUUAUGCAGGCUGGACACCCCUCCAUGAGGCUACUCUGGGUGACGAGGCAGUGGUUAAGGAGCUGCUGAAGGCUGGAGCCAAUGUCAACGCCAGAAGCUGUGAUGGUGUCACACCCCUUAAUGAUGCUGUUAUGGCUCGAAACUAUCAGGUAGUGAAGCUUCUCCUCCAGCAUGGGGCCAACCCCAGUGACAGGACUGUCGGUGGUCAGAGUGCGCUGGACAUGGCACACGAUGAGACUAUGAAAGAGCUGCUCUCGUUCCCAGGACCUUCUGUUAGACAUGAGCUGCCUCGUGAGGCGCCUACUCAUCAAGAACAACCAGGUGACCCAUCUUCAGAGGCUCGGUGCCACCUGCAACUCUCCUGCCAGAACAGCUUUAACAAGGCAAAUAUGCAAUCCAGGGAAUCGGGUGACAGAGACGGAGCCAGAGAGCCUUGUGACAUUCAGCGGAGGAAGAAAGACACCAUCACGGAUUAUCUGAGUCAUCCUGAGGCCAUAACAGCGGUUUUGGAGGAGAUGAGGAAGAAACUAUCAGGAAUAUGGACUUGGUCUCUAACAGGUCCAGAGGAUGCAGGCAGAUACAACGCCGCGCUAACACAGAUCCAGAAUGUGCUGAUGGAGGUGCUGAGCAAACACCGUAUGGAGAAGGAGAACCUUGCCCAAAGAUCCCGCAGUUUGCCCGACUACCUUUGGCACCGUGUGUUAAAAAGUCAACUCGCCUCCCUCGCUUCACGUCAGAAGAACUUGGAGGAGAUCCUCCAGUUGCAGUUGCAGUUGGUAGAGAAGUUUGUAACCAUGAAGGCCAAACUUUCCAAUCAACCACCCAGCCAUCAGGACCGUACAGUUGUGAGACAGCAGCCAGAUCUGGUCUCCACACCAGGCUCUUAUAAAGCUAGAGAAGAACCAAAUGGUCAUAGAAAAGAAAGCUAUGAACCAGUUACACGGACCAAUGUCUCAGAAUCGAUCUGUACAUUUGCCACGCCUCCUGUUCAUUCAGCAAUGAAUGCGAGAGCCGGUAGCUAUCAGAGCAGUGCCCCACAGGCAGGAAACUCUUUAAAACACAUCGACUUUCAGAUGAAAGAAAACAAUGCGCUCUUUCAGACAAGAGCUGAAGACAUCAGCAAACAUCUCUCUACGCUCAUCCAGAGGGGAGUUUUGGAAGUUGGAAGUCUUCUGAGGUUUUUUUUUAAGCAUAACUGGCUUCAUGCUAUUGUGCUAGAGGAUGGAUCAGUAAAGGACAAAAAAGGCAGGAAACACCCAACUCCAGAACGCUGGUUGGAGGUCAUCCUUGGCAACAAUAUCCCUGUCAGCUCAUCCUACGCCUGGGAAAAGGUGCAGUUCCAAAACAAACCUUUGUCGCAUUACUUGUUGAACGUGCAGACUGAAAGUCCUGAGGCCGAUGUCCGGCGCUGCACGGUUGCUCCGUCUCAGCAGGCGCUGACACCAGAGGCCGUUACCUUGAGUCUCAUGAAAAUCCGGAUAAUCCAUCUGGUGGAUGACUCGGAGCUGCUGCCCAACGCCAUGAUGGACUGUUACUGGGAGAAGCUCAUUAAGAACGACUGUUCUGAGUCUGAGGACUGGGGCACUGAAUUAUUGUAAUGAUCCCUCCACACACAUUCUCCAGAACUGUUUGUUUUGAGACGUGAACUUGUAAGGUUAACUAAAUCCCUGUUUUAUGAUCAAUUCACUGUGGGUCAAAGCCACCAAUGGGAUUGAAAAGUAUUUCCCUCUAAUUUAUUUAUCUUUGAUCCUUUCCCACUUUACAGCUGGGAUGUUCUGUAUGUGUAAGCUUUCUAGCAGAAUGAGGCUGUAG